CAUCAAAUCUCUCAUACUAUCUGCGGCGGUUUUGUGCACUAUAUUAUAAUACUUGUUACUAUAUUAUAAUACUUGUUACUAUAUUAUAUAAUUACUUGUUACUUGUACUAAACUCCAUUUAUACCUGUAGGAUGAGCUCGAAGAGCAAGAAAGCAGACGCUGAGAAGUUCCAGCACCAACUGUUGGAGGUACUGAAGGAUGAUCCCAACAGAGUGUGUGCUGAUUGUAGAGCUAGAGGUCCUAGAUGGGCAAGUUGGAACUUAGGUGUUUUCAUUUGUAUAAGAUGCGCUGGUAUGCAUCGUAACUUAGGAGUGCACAUUGCUAAGGUUAAAUCCGUCAACCUCGAUACAUGGACUCAAGAACAGUUGGACAACAUGUUAGCCUGGGGUAACGCCGUUGCUAACGAGUUCUACGAGUACAAACUGCCUAGUGACUUCAGACGCCCCUCCGACGAUCCGGGAGUGGAGAAGUUCAUACGGAACAAGUACGACAAAAAACUGUACAUCCACGAGAACUUCGACUACGCAACCAGCGUCAAGAACCACCCUGGUAGUGGGGGUGGAAGUAAGCCGGCGGCUAAGCCCGGUAAAGUGGCCGGUAAAGUGGUGCAGCCGGCGGCUAUUAAUGCUCCCGUUAGGAGCAUUCCUGUUGUUCCGCUCAAGACCAAAUCCGAGGCGUACGUUCCACCUAAAGUGGCAGCAAGAAAACCAGCACCUGUUGUUGCAAAGCCCCCAGCUGAAGUACCCAGCUUACUACAGGUAUCAAUGACCUCAGCAACCCCAGCCCCAGUGUCUUCAGUAAAGUCAGAUCUGGUUGAUAUAUUCGGAGACAUGGUAUCAGCAGCCCCCGCACCUGCUGCUCCUGCCACCUCUGCUGCUCAGCCACCUGCUAGUAAUUUACUAACGGACACUAAAGAGGAACCCAAACAGAGCUUUAAAGACUCCAUAAUGUCCCUGUACGCUGCUGCACCUCCCGCUAACUUCGGACAACCCGCUCAACAGUUUGGAGCUGUACCUCAGUCUAACGGACAGUUUGGAGCUGUACCUCAGUCUAACGGACAGUUUGGGACCAUGCAGAGUAACGGACAGUUUGGGGCACAGAAUACCGGACAGUUCGUGAUGCCCCAACAGAAAGCUCAGUUCGGAGCCCAACAACAACAACCUCCACGAUUCAGACAGCAGUUUGGGCAACAACCAAACCUGAUGGCAAUGCCACAGCAGCAGCCACAGCAACAGCAGCAGCCACAGCAGCAGCCUCAGCAACAGUUUAAUCCCUCUGCCCAAAUGUUUGCUGCAAAUCAUCAGUUCCAGCAGCCUAACGGACAGCAAUUCGCCCAGUUUAACCAACAAGGGAUGCCAAAUGGUAUGGCACUGAAUCAAGGGGUGCAAAUGAAAAAUGUCCAACCCAUGAAUAUGCAAGGUAUGCAGAUGAACGGAAUGCAGGGAAUGAAUAAUAUGCAAGGUAUGAAUAACAUGCAGGGUAUGAAUAAUAUGCAGGGUAUGAAUAAUAUGCAGGCAAUGUACAUGGGACAGCAGCAGCAGGGCCAGCAGCAGGGCCAGCAGCAGGGACAGCAGCAGCAUUUUGGAUAUAAUAUGGGACAAGUCAAUGCAGCUAAUCAACAACAACAAUUCGAGAGCGUCCAGCGUCAACUACAACAGUUAAAGGUGGGACAAGCACAGCAAUCUCAGCCCCAAGCAGGAUGGGCUCAAGCCUUUGGAUCAAGCUGACAUUGUCCAGAUAUCUACUCUUAACAAGCCACCGAGCCUCAUCCUGACCUUGACUACACUGUAGAAUCGUAGGUCGCGUGAUGUGAAACUUUGGAUUGGGGGAAUGUUGAUAAUUCACAACAUUUUGUUAUUUUACGUUUCCUUGCUCGUCUGUCAGAGGUUUUCAGGACUGGUUGAAAUGUGUUGAAUUAUUACUAGUUCGUGUGCCUUAUAUAUAAUUGAUUUAUCUUGUCACGGUGUAACUUGAAGCCAAUUUAAAUCGUCUUGUUUCUCUUGCAUGUUAAAAUAUUCUGUCGUCUGUACGGAGGCAAAUUAAUAGCACCACCGUGGAAAGUAGCACAUUAUACCGAAAACAAAAAUAUUUUAUAUUCUUGAUACAUAUUCUGAUCACGUGAUAUUAUGAAUAUCUCAUGAUCUGCUUUAAUUCCGCCCCUCCCUGUUAAUUUGCCUCGAUAAUGGGCGAUUUCUUCUGUUAGCUGCUACUCACAACCAAGGAGUUGUAUUAUUCAGAUUUAACGCUGAUUUUUUGUCGCAAUUGAUUGGAAUUACUAAUGAAUUUGACCACCGAUGUAAUUAUUGUUUAUAGAUAAUAGUUGAAAUGCAACCUAUUA